AUGAGCAUCCUGCAGUCCUCUGAAGAAUCCCCAGGGUUCUCCUCAAAGAAAAACAAAGAUUGCUUUGAUGAAAACACUCAAGAGAUCCAAGGUGAGCACUCAGGAUCUACUAAAACAGGCCUGAAGGAAGCCACUGAAAACUCUGAGGUGCAGAAGGCAUUAGCCCAGCUCCAGAGUGAAAGCCAUUUAUUCCAUCAGCUGCUGGAAGAUGUGCAGGAGCAGCAGCUCAUGCAAGGAAGUGCAGUGACUGUUUCCCAGGAAUGGUUUAAUGACAUUUUCCACAAACUCCGAGCUGUUGCUGAGAAGCAAGUGUACACACUGGAAGAGAUGAACAAGGAAUUAAAGGCCAAUUGCACUGAUUUAAGAGAACAAGUCUUUAACUAUGAGGCUGACGAAGUAAAAAGAGAGGGCAAUGUCAGAGAGCUGCAGCAGGAGCUUGGUGAAGCUCUUAAAAAGCUCUCUGUGGCAGAAGCUUCACUGGAAGUUGCUACGAGGCGCUGCAGGAACCUGGAGGAAGCCAACCUGGGCUUGGAAAAGGAAUUGGAAGAGGCUAAAUCCAAGGUACAUGAAGUUGUCCCAGAGUUCCAGAACAAACUCCAUUCACAGAUUGCUUUGAAGCUCUCUUGCUGA